AUGAGUACCACGACACAAUUAAAUGGUAAAGUGGUAGUCAUUACUGGCGCUUCAGGAGGUAUUGGAGCUGCCAUUGCAUUGGAAUUAACCGCAGCAGGUGCUAAGGUCGCACUUGGAGCUCGACGUCUGGAAGCUCUCGAGACUGUCAAGACAAGUAUUGAGAAGAAAACUGGAGCUAGAGGUGAUGUCCUGAUUGUCCAGACAGAUGUUACUAAGCGACACGAAGUGCAGAAUCUUGUGGACAAGGCAACCGAAACCUUUGGAGCUGUUGAUAUCCUUGUGAACAAUGCUGGUGUCAUGCCCUUUGAGCUGCUAAAGAAUGUGAACCAAGACAGUUGGGACCGAACGAUUGAUAUUAACUGCAAGGGGACACUUAAUGGUGUUGCUGCUGUGCUGCCCAAGAUGUUGGCUCGCAAAAGUGGUCACAUUGUCAAUAUUUCUUCUGACGCUGGACGGAAAGUGUUUCCUGGGUUGGGUGUUUAUUCGGCAUCCAAGAUGUUUAUUGAGGGUAUCUCACAAGCAUUGCGGUGUGAAAACGUCGGCAGUGGCUUGCGUGUAACGUCUAUUCAGCCUGGUAACGUUGCUACGGAUCUGGUAAAGCAUGCGACUGAUGUCAGUGGUAUUGACAAAGAGGCGAUGGCGUUGUACGGACAGCCUUCUGAGUGUGAGGUGCUCAAGCCAGAGGACAUCGGCCGCGCUGUGCUGUACGCUGUCACGCAGCCACCGUGUGUGGCCGUGAACGAGAUUCUGGUUGAGCCACGAGAUGAACCCAUAUAA